AGGGUGCUUGCUAUACACCCCUUAGCCGCCGCCCCGGUAACUAGUCGGAGUCGGAGUCGGGGUCUUGAUAGAAGCUAGGAUGGAAAAUCGUCAUGCCAAAGACAUGGGUGGGUAUUGGAGUUCUCCUUGCCAGGAUUUCUGUCAAUCGCACUUACUGUGUCAGACUAUAGAAUCAAAAGUGGUAGCCGUCCUACUGUAGUCAGGAUGGUAUAAAUAAUCACUAGUCUACUUUUUUUCUUUUUCAUAUUUUCACUCAUAACCUACCUAUUCGGAGAGCCGUUAUCUGCUUAAUUCGGAUCCUUCCAGCUUGGGCUUCUGCAAGUUAUGUCUAACUUUCGUGUCAUCAUAUUGGGCGCAGGACCCGCGGGUCUCUUCACUGCGCAUGGUUUGACCGCAGCUGGUAUCGAUUAUGUAGUCCUUGAGAGACAACCAGAGAUCGUGCGAUACAAAGGGGCGCUAAUCGUACUAUGGCCACCUCUCCUACGACUCUUAGACCAGUUGGGAAUAUACGAGUCGGUCAAGCAGCUCUCAACACCUCUUCCUUCUCAAACAAAAUUUACUCAUAGUGGCGAACCCUUAUGUGGUGGCGACGCCUUCGUAGCCCUAGAACAUGAACUUGGGUACCCUACCCUAGGGCUUUCCCGUGGUAACCUUAUUCGCACUCUUUAUGAGACUUUGCCAGAACGCGCAACAAAAGUGAGGGCAAAUGCAAAUGUGGUAAACAUCGAGACCCACAAGGACGGUGUACGAGUACACCUUGCAGACGGUAGUGGGAUAGAUGGCUCGAUAGUGAUUGCAGGAGAUGGAGUGCAUAGUCCGACUCGGGAGCUCAUUCAGCGCCUUCGGCAUGAUUCAUCCGCGACAGGAGACCUGAAGCCCACAGAUCCAAUGGUUGCAAAUUUCAUGUCACUCUUCGGCCAUACUAGGAGUGACCGAACUGAUAUUGCGAUGGGCGAUUUUGCCGAAUCGCACGGACCCGGAAUUGCCUCGCAAUCCGCGCGGCUGCGUGAUGCCAUAUACUUCACGGUUGUCAAGCGGUUAGAAAAACCAGUAUCUGACAAGCGAAGUUUCACGACGGAGGAAAUCAACAAGUUUGCGCAAGAGAUGUCCGACGUGACAGUAUUCCCUGGAGUAAAGCUGAAGGAGAUAUGGCCUCUGCGCGAAGAGACAAAUGCCGUACUGCUUCAUCAAGAAGAGGGCAUGGCGGAGAAAUGGCACCAUGGUCGAAUCGUGCUCGUGGGCGAUGCUGCUCACAAAAUGACUAGCAUGAAUGGGCAAGGAGCCUUGUCUGCCAUCCUUUCUGCUACCGUGCUAAUCAACAGCCUACGGGCGACACUAAAGAAGAACCCGAGGCCGAGUACCCAAGAGCUGGAGAUGGCGUUUACGCAGUAUGAAACAUCGCGUAAAGGGGCGGUCAAGCCCGUCCUUGACCUAGGUGUGUUUAUAUCACGCUUCAUAACAUGGAUGGGCGAGGAGACGGAGGCUAUGGAUCGGGAAGUAAGUCGUGAUCUGAACCUGGUAGAGGACUCAUUGAAAAAGUUGUUACCACUGUUCACCCCCAGCCCGAUCUUCGACUUUUUACCGUUCGAAGGGAAGCAGGGCCAUACCCCGUGGGAAGUGGACAGCAAGCCGCCGAUUCGCGCCCGGCUUUAAGGGUUAUAUGGUCUCAGGAGGACCAAGAUUCGGCUUCGUGCUGUAGUUCAAUAUAUUCAAGAAUUGCAGUCUUUGUUAGUAUAGCGAAA